GUGUGUGUGAUUUUUUUUUGUUCUGCUCAGUGUUUGCGCAAAAUUACGGCCGAUUACUUUUUUCGUAUUCAGCAACACAAUUCAUUCGGUUGGGAAGUUUGUUUUUUCUGUUCAUUCGUGUCGUAUGGUUGUCAAUUUUUAUGGCGCAGACUACCAUAUCUUUUUGAUGGAAUUAUAAAUAAAUCACCGAGAAUAAAAUCGAACGAACAAAAAAAUCGCACACUUUAAAAUUAUUGUUUACAUUUUAAAUCUAUUUUUGUGCGAAGGAGGUUUUCGAACCUAUCAUCAUUAUUUUUUUUUGCACGAUCAAAUUUACGACGAUUUUUUUAUGACGAAAAAAAAAACGCAAAUAAAUAAAUCCAUUCGAAUAAUCCAUAAUAAAUGAAUUCCAUCCGAAAUAUGAAGAUUCUUUCCGGAGAAUGCAAUCCCCAUGAAUGGCAAAUGAGAUUUUAUGAAUUCGUUGAAAUUUCCAUCAAAUGUGAAUUCUAUACAUAGACACGUAUAUUUUUGUUGUUGGCUGUAAACUCGAGUAUGUGGCUGGAUGCAGAAUAUCCGUAAAUAUUGUUUUCCACCUGUCAACAGCACACGAAAUUUUUGCAUAUUUUUCAGAUUUAUUCCAGCAUUGAACAGUGCGAGAAACAGAGGAAGAGCGAGAAAGAAUUGUGUAUAAAUCAUUUCGCGAUGUAAAGUAUAGUGUGGCUGCGGAAAUAAGACGAGAAUCGAUCCACUGCAAAAGGAACAACCAGAAGAAUAUGCAAAAGCAAUUGCACAAAAUGAUGAUAAAACGGCAGGCGAAAUUCACUCAAGUCAGUCAACACUAACUUUUCUUUCUAGAAGACGGCAACGAGGCCAACAAUAAGAGACUAUUUUCUACGUAUCAUAGUAAAUAAGAAUGUGCAAUUGGAAAAGGGUUCCGGGCAAAUAAGAAAAUUCAACAAAUUCGCCUCAAUUCAUAACGCAAAUGUCUGUUUGGUGCGCAACACAACUCAACUCAACUCAACGCAACGUCAAACGUAAACGUCGGACGCGGCCAACUUCAUGCCAUGCAGCUGUCGCUGUUGUCAAGUGUCAAACAACAACUAUUAUUAAUUUACAUUGAAAAAUGGCAGAUUCCGACGAAUCGGUUGAAUUAUUGUUUUUUGAUACAUUUUCCCAUGAUAUUAACGAGGAUUUGAAUUUGGAUUUGGUGCAAUUUCCGCAACCAGUUUAUAUAGGUGAAGUUCGAAUCAUACCGUUGGGUGCACGAGUACAAGCCGAUUUUCCGGGCGGUGUACGAUUGGGUGCGACAAAUCCAUCCAAAUUUCAUAUACAAUUGUUUGUGAAUGACUUGUCAAAGCCGGGCGCAUCAACAUUUGAACGCUUAGGUGAUUUUGAAUACAAUCAAAAUGAUUGCAUAAAUUAUGAUGCAAAAGCGAAUACAAACGGUAAUGGUGAACGGACACGACAAAUACCAACCGAUGGUUUAGUGUUGCGCGGCAGUUAUACAACAAUUACAUUGGCCGUGUAUGGGUCGUUAGCAAAAGAUGAAAUCAGUGAGCAACCAAUUAGUUCACCGCCACCGCCAAUUGUGCCAAUUGAAGAGAUUUCCAAUUCAAUUGGCAAUGAUGAUAAAGUUGAAGCGGCUCAUGUUAAAUCAGCCAUGGAUUUUAGUUCCUCGCUCGCCGAUCGUGAAACCUCCAAAAAGAUUUUCUUCGGUAAUGAAUCGAAUGCGGAACCAAUUAUCCCAGCAAAAGUGUCGAUAUCAGAUUCAGCGCGACAGUACACCGAAGAUUGGGUCGCUUCCACGGGUAAUGUUACGGUUGCACCCAGUUGUGUGGAUGCAAAAUCACCAGAUAUUGACAAUUGGGAUGUGGACGAAGAUUUGAACAAAACAACGACAACAAUUUCAUCGCCACGCUCAGGUCGACGGUCACGAUCGCCAGAUUCACGUAGACUGAAACGAGACUGGUCGAAAAGUCCAGAAUAUCGACGACAUCGACCAUAUGAACGAAGUGUUUUGGAUAAGAAAAUACUGAAAACACGAGAGUAUGUUGAAUCACGACGAUCUCCACCGCUGAACCGAGCACCAAGAACACCAUCCCCUGAACAUAUUCAAUCGCCCAGCGAUACGCGACGACCACGAACUCCUGAAAGUCAUUUGUCAGAUGAUUACGAUAAAUACGCGAAAUCAGUUCAAAGUCCACAAUCAGUGACUGAAGAAGCGGACAACGAAAAAGCCACCACAGCCGUUAGCUCAAUAGCACCCACUGAACCAGACGAGGACGCUAUGUCACAAGGUGAACCAUUCGAGCCAAUUUUGAGUGAUGACGAAAUUCCGGAUGAUGCCAUUGACCAAUAUGAAAUUGACUAUGAAGAUUCGGAUAAUUCCCUGUAUUCAGCGCUCAAACACUUUAAUCCGUUCACCGAAGAAGUGAAACACUAUAUUCCGGUUGAUGAAAAAAUGAGCGCAAACGCUCGUGAACUGGUCGAAUUGGCGACUAAAUGUUUGCAUCGAUCCAAAUUAAAGGAGAGUGCCAGCAUUGAAAAGACAUUUGUCGAGUCACAAUCGAACGAAAUGCGUGAAAAUUGGGUACAUGCCGCCGAACAAUUGAUCCAAAUCAUAAACUUAAUUUAUAAUUUGGCGGGAGCGACACAGUCUCGCAGUCAACAAACGUUAAACAGUUUGGUUGUACUGAACCGUCAACAAUUGGUGGAUUGGAUGCGAAUCGGAUUGAAUUUUGAGUGUGCAAAUUCGCAACAGCAACCCGGGUACAAGAUUCGACACAUGAAAUGUGGCCUGCGUCUAAUUGAAAUGUUGGCGGUGGACGAAACAUUCAUUGAAAGUCUGGUGUUUAAAGAGAAAUUCAAUGUUUUUGAGUAUUUGUAUAGGCUGUACGAACAAAAAUUUAUGGCUCUAUCGUUGAAACUUAUGAUUUGUCGCGCGAUUUUCGCAUGUUUGGACACAAAAACCGGCAUUGACUUCUUCACCCGGUUGAAUGGAAGCGAUGGUGUCAAACCAAUCAGUACUGAUAAUGGUUAUCAAAAAUUGAUUCGACUCUUGCAAGAAAACCCAUUGACACGGCUGAAAUUCCCACUGAAAGCAAUCUUGAAGAAGGUCAAUCUGUAUGAAUCACUGCAAGUGAUACGCGACAUUGUGAAUCGACGAUUCAUUAAGAGUGAUAUUAAAAUGGAAGUGGUUGAUGAUGAUGAUGAGUAUGAAAUGGCACCCGAUGCAAAACUAUUGAAAGAUUGCUUGAACGAAGUUUGGUCCGCAUUCACAUGGGAUGCACAAAGUUACUCGCAACCAAAACGAUUUUUGCCUAUCUCAACGAAAUUCGAAAAAGUUUUGGAUUCGACCGCAAAUAAAAUGGCUGCGAAUAGUUUUAUUCGAUACUUUCGCAUAAACGGAUUGAUCGAAUCAUUGCUUAUGAUUAUCUCGCAAAGUGCCAACAAUGACAUCAUUUCGGAAGAUGUGUUUGAUGUGACGCUAUUAAUUUUGGAAUCACUGUGCCGCACCGAAUGUGGCUUGAACUAUUUGAGUGAAAAAUCCGAAGUGACUAAUGUACUGAUCAAGUGUUUGAUUCAAGCACCGCUUGACGGUUAUCAAACGGAAGAUGUUGAAAUGAAUGAAAUCGACUCAAUGGCCAACACCACGCUGGAUGCUACGGGUGAAGUGGACGAAGAUUCGCGAAGAUAUCAGUUAGGCAUCGAAAUCGCUUAUAAGAUCAAAACGAAAUUCUACUUGGACGCAAUCGCCGAUUUGCCGCCAAACUGUGAUAAUCGUGAAGAGCAACUGACUGAAUAUUUUCACGCAUUGUACAGCCUGGCGGUGGCUGACAAUUACAUCGGCCGCAGUUAUGUAAUCGAGACAAUCACAAUGAAUGGCAAUGUCAUCACGAUUCUAAAGCAAAUUGAAUACGAGAAAAAGAAGAUAAAUUCGGCAAUAAAGCAAAAUACGACCAACGACACAACGAAAAAUGCCACAGAGAACUCGAUAUCCAAGAAAUCUCCAAUCCUCUCCUACGCUGUUGAUUUGAUAGAUCUAACGAUUCGGCAUGCCACAACGAAUUUAGAAUAUUUGCGACAACAUGGAUCGGUUUUGGUGAACUUGGUGAAAUCGCAUGAUCAAUUCGACGACACAAAUAUCUCACAAAUACUGCAAGAGACGGCGAUUUUCUUAAAACCACUCCAAAUCCAAAAUGUAUUUUCCUACGACAACAUAGCGCCGUUGUGCGAUGUGAUCAAACGAAGUUUGGAAUUUAUCACCACAUUCCCGGGUGAUUUGAUCAUGGCAUUGCGUAUCAUUCGAUAUUUAUCAUUGCCCGAUACGUCGACAUUCAAUGACGGCACUGAUUUCACGGAUACAUUUGGUGAUGCGGGCGCAACGAACAAAUUGAAACUGCCAAAAGAACAGCAUCAAGUCGAGUUGAAGUAUAAAUUUGUUAUUCUACAAUUUUAUUCGGCCGACGGGAUAUCGACGUGUGUUCAAAUUUUAGACAAAUUAACCACAUUCUUCGCACAGCCAUCUGUUCACAUCGCAACGCUGGGCUCAACACAAGGUCAAAUGCUCACGCAAAUUCUUUUGCCCACGAUUGAAAUAUUGCGCAAAAUGCUGACUUAUGUCAUUGACUGUCGAAAUACGGAAUUCAAGGAUUUAACCGCGAUCGAACCGCUUCUGAAGACCUACACAUUGGUUUCAUAUGUGCCCGUCCAAUCGAUAGCCGCCGAUGAUGCACAAUCAAUUCAAACGGAAAUUGUUAAAACAUUGCUGGCUUACACGCAACCAACACCAGCCGAUGGUGUUGACACGGAAUCGGUGCAGAAGAGUCUCUGGACACAAAUGCUGGGCGAACUGUGUAAAUACAUUAUGAAUGGACCAUUUACUAUAUUGCCCGGAUUGUCGAUAUUUUCGCAACUUUUGCCCGUUACUUUGCCAAUUUUGACCAAAAAUCAACUUACAAGCGACGAACAAAAUCGAUUGAUCACCGAGCGUCAGUUGUGGUCGGCUCAUUUGCAUCCGCAAAGCAAUGAAAUAUCAGCACUGAUUCAAGCACUUUGCGUCUCAUCAUAUGGUCCGUUGAUUGAUUUAUUGAGUCGCACCAGUGGCCAGUUAUCAGAUUUAGCGCCGAAUAUGGCAUUGCUCGUCACAAAAGCAGUCGUUGAAUCACUAUUAAACGAUGGUAGCUCAUCGAUACUAACGACGACCAAUGUUCAAAAUGGUUCAACAGCAGCAACGCCUCAAACAGUUAGCAGUUCAACAGGGGCAGCUGCAGUAAUAAGUGCGACACAAACACAAACGCAGCUUAUACUUGCCUACGUGAAUCCGUGCACAAAACGCAUUUUUGGAUUUUUAACAAACAUUUUGUGCUAUGCGCCCGUUAAAGUGGCCUUUUUAUCGAUGCUCCAUGGAAAAGUGUUUGAAUUGCUGAUCAAAGUGCUGGCCGUAAAAUCUACAUCAAUCCCAUCGAAUUUGUUGACAAUUUUGAAUCAGGAACAAGAAUCGGUGUUAAUGAUAUUCCACACGCUGUUAAAUGGCGACAUUUCACUCGUCAGUCAUUUUGAGUACGGCGUCAACAACAAGACGGCGACAACGACGACAACACCAUCGGCCGAUUUAAUCGUUGCUUGCUCAAUACCACCAAAGGAUUGCUACAUUGGCAUCUUAUCCGCUGUGCUCGAUUGGUUUUUCAUCGUUGACGAUUCGCUCAACACAACCGGCUGCCAAUUUGCUGCCAUGAAAACAAUGACCCUCGCCACAAACUACGAUUACACAGCGUAUCAGCUAAAAGUGUUGUUGGACAAACGCAAAGAUCAGUUGCUGACGAAAUUGCGUUCAUUAUCUCGAUUGACGGACGGCGGUCAAAUUGCUCAUGAAAUACUGGUGGCUUUUUUGCACUUUCUUUUAUCAUUGGCUCGUUCAGACGGAGUGAAAAGUGAUCAGCAACGUACGUUUGCGUGCAAUGAAGCCGAACUCACAAAACUUCUCCAAUUCAAGCGAAUUGCCAAUGAUGCCGAUACUCCGAGUGAAAAUCAACACCCACUGUUGGCACUUGAACAAAAUUUACUGAAAAUUCAGGCCAAACCCGAACAAUCAGACGAUGCUAAGGUGCAUUUGGAGGAGAUGCUAUUCAGUUUGAAGAAAUUGUUGAAUACUCUAGACUCGGGUCUUGCGAUCAUCGCGAAUUCAACGAAGGAAUUGCUUCACGUUGACUCACCAGCUGCUGAACCAUCGUUCCCACAGGGCGAAAGCAUUGUUGCUCAAUAUUCAAUGCGGCCCAUCGUCAAUAUGGCUCCCAGUGAAUUUAAAUCAAAUGACUACCUCGAACAAUUGACCACACAAUACUGGUACUCACAUUUCGCAGCCAAUCGCUUCGAAGAAAUGAUCGACACCCAUUCAACGGUGGAAAAUGUUCCAUGCGAUUUUAUUGAAAUGAUCAAAUCAUGUUUGCCACCCGAAACAAAUCUUACUAAUGACUGCAAGCGACUAUUACACUUGUCAGCAUCACCACAAUCGACCCGUGAACGCACCACAUCGGCUCCAUGCUUCCGAACGCGACGCGUUGAAGUUGAACCAACCACCGGAAGACCGGAAAAGAAACUGUACAUAUCGAGAGGCAGAGGUUUUUCACGAACGACUCAAUCGCGUGGUGAUCUCUUUCGAUCGCGUCCACCAAACACUUCGCGGCCUCCGUCGUUGCACGUUGACGAUUUUCUUGCAUUGGAAACGUGUGGAGCACAGCCAACUGGGCCAACGGGAUACAACAAAUUGUCACGUGAAAUUAUUAGCAUUCGCGGUACCAGAGGUGGCAGAGGACGUGGUCGACUACUCUCCUCAAGCUCGGCAUAUCGACACUCAUCAUUGCGACGAAAUUCACCGUCUACGUGGGCAAACCAUUCGAUUAGUAACAGUGGUCAGCACGACAGUUCGGCGUCAUCGGCACCGUCGCCGCAUUUCCGUACAGCAACUUCCGAGCCCGUUUCAUCGCACUUCCAAUCCGAUUACUUCAGCACACGAGGCAGACGUGGCAGUCUUCGACCGCCAAGAUCAUUCAAUAAAUUCAACUAAUCGCCCGUCAUCUAAAAAUAAUAAUUUGAAAAUGAUUCUUUCGUUUUUUUUCCUCCACACACACACAAAAUAUAUGAUUUUUGAUAACACAUUUUCUAUAACCUUUAGAUGUUGGGUUCAUAAAAAAAACACAAGCAUAAAAAAAGAGAAAGAACAUACACACACAUAAACAAUACGACAAAAGAAUUAUUUUUAAUUUUAGUGAUAGAUUUACAAUUUACGCAUCACGCAAGGAUGCGUGAAAUUAUUUGAAUUUUAUACAGUAUAUAAUGUGAAAACAAAAAAAAACACAGACCGUAACCCAUAGCAAUAAAUAAACUGCAAGAUGAAUUAAGAACAAUAAACAGUCACUUUAUAUAUAUAAA